AUGUCAACUGAAUUAGAAGAUCCUUCAAAAGGAAUCAAGGCAUGGGAAGCAAGAAGAAAAGAAUGGACAACACCAAAUCAACAUUACCUUAAUCAAAUGGAAAAAUAUGAUAUAGAAAAUAAAAAAUAUGAACUUAUUAUACAAAAUGAAGCACAAAGAAUAGCCAUCUACAAACAAUUAGUACAUAAAAGACAAGUAUUUCGAAAUCCCAUUCCAGUAAAAUACAUUAUACCUGUUUUAGUUACUGGUUGGCAAGAAGACGGACUUUGGCCAAAAGGUAUGAUAGUUCAAGAUAAAAGUGAUUGA